GCAUGCGCAGUCGGAGGAGGCGGCGGCGAGGAGGUGGCGGCGGCGGCAGCGAGGCGCUCGCUGCUGGUGGGCCGGCGAAGGCGGCAGGGAACUGGUUAAAUGCAAUUGUGUCGAUAACGAAAGAAGGGCAACCAUGAGAAUAGCAGGAGCUGCGAAAUUGGCGGUAGCGGUAGCCGUAUUUCUGCUGACAUUUUAUGUCAUAUCCCAAGUAUUUGAAAUAAAAAUGGACAGCAGCCUAGGGAACCUGUUUGCAAGAUCACCACUGGAGCUACCGGCACGGCCUACAAAACCCCCGAGAUAUAAAUGCGGAACGUCUAAAAUUUGUCCAGAGAACCAUUUUGCAUUCAAAAUGGCAAGUGGAGCAGCCAAUGUCGUUGGGCCUAAAAUUUGCGUAGAAGAUAAUGUGUUGAUGAGUGGAGUUAAAAACAACGUUGGAAGAGGCAUUAAUAUAGCUCUGGUCAAUGGCAAGACAGGUAGCAUGGUGGAUACAAAAUUCUUUGACAUGUGGGGUGGAGAUGUCGCCCCGCUUAUUGACUUUCUGAAGACCAUUAAAGAUGGAACAAUCGUAUUAAUGGCAACCUACGAUGAUGGCGCAACUAAGCUUAAUGAAGAAUCGCGGAAACUGAUAUCUGAACUAGGAAGCACAUCCAUCACAAACCUUGGCUUCAGAGACAACUGGGUCUUCUGCGGCGGGAAAGGAAUCAAGACUAAAAGCCCAUUUGAACAGCAUAUUAAGAACAACAAAGACACAAACAAGUAUGAAGGAUGGCCAGAGGUCGUUGAGAUGGAAGGCUGCAUUCCACAGAAGCUGGACUGAAGGCAUCGUCAAAUGGACAUUUACAGUGCAAAAGGACAUUGGAGGGGAAAUGCACUUUCUGCUGCUGUUGGGUAGAAAAUACUUUGUAUGAAGGAAGAAGAAUUACGAUGUAUGGGCACAUCCCAUCCAGGGUAGUAUCUCGCUCAAGACCCAUAAAAAUGAAUGGGAGCUGAGCAAAUGAGCAUGGUGAAUCGCGCAGUUCAUUUUAAAUGGGGCUUGUGCAGGGAUUUAUCCAGCCAGAUUGUGCCCCAUGUAAAUACUCUCCAAGCAUGUUUCCACCUUAGAAUGUGCAUGGGCAUUGACAUUUUUGAAAAUCUGAUUUAUUUAUUGUCAAAACAGAGAUCCCUUCUUUUGGUGUAAAUGUGUACAUAGGCCCAGACCGAGGAAAUUAUUCUUUCUAAGCAUCUUCCUCCUCUCCUUACUUGCUUUUCUUUUACUCCCUGCCCCAAAAGCACAAUGUUCAGGUUAUUUUAUGGUAAAUCUCUCUUAGAACUACCAGCAUAGGCCAUUAAAAUGUACCCAAUAAAUAACUGAACUGAUCCUGAGCUAUGUUGUAGUUUGCUCAAACAAUGGUGACGUUGGCUGCAAGUGCAUAUCUAGUGGGAUAUGUCAACCUUAGCCAAAAAUGCAAACUUAUAUUUAUGUUCUGCCUCUUUGAAAGCAGCAUUCUUCUGUGAUCCCUACUCCUUUUCAAACCUUCAGAUAGGUAAAGGUUGAGUGUUGAAUACAAAAUUGUAGGCUGCUAUAAGAAGCACAAUUAAACCCUUUUAAAAUGAAAGCCAAUGUACAUCAUUACGUUCGUUGCUAUUGUCUGAUUAUCUGUGGCCCAUGCUUCUGGUUAGCAAAACAUACUGCUAAUAGAGCAGGAUAAUGUAGUUGCUUUGUGUCUCUGUGUGUUCAGCUAGACAUCUUUUAAAGUUCUAUAAACCACCAACCGCGCCAAUUGCUUUAGAUAGUAUUGGACAGAAAGCCACCAUUGGCAGUUAAGUGUUAUUCUGGAAGCAUGUUAAAAAGUAGACUUAAUUUCUAUUAGGAAUUAAACUCUGCACGCAUCAGCCAAUCUGGGCAGUUUUGCUACCUUUCCUACAAG